AAGUUGGAUGGUUUUGGUUACAUGACGUUGGAGAUACUAGGCAGUUUUUAAAGCAUUGGUAACGUUAGGUUAAAAACUGCAACAUUCAAAUGGAUGUGCCAGUAGGUGGCGAUGAAGCGCAUAUACUUGUUUGCUUACUGCCAAGUUGCGGCGAAGAAGAAGAAGAAAAAGGAAAACCAAAGUAAGAAGCAUGGCGGCAGACAUGAGACUACCAACUAUUCGAAAAGAAGUGUCAGUUGCUGCAUUCGACCGAAAAGAUCUGGUCGUCCCCGGCGAUGUUAUCACUUCAGACACUGGUUUCAUGAGGGGUCAUGGUACUUACGUUGAUGACGACAAGCUGACGGCUUCAGUCGCUGGAGAGGUGCAGCGGGUAGACAAGCUCAUCUGCGUCAGACCACUCAAGACUAGGUUCAAUGGUGAGGUUGGAGACGUGGUGGUUGGAAGAAUUACAGAGGUACAACAGAAACGCUGGAAGGUGGAGACCAACUCUCGGCUGGACUCCGUCCUCUUGUUGUCUUCUGUCAAUCUGCCCGGAGGAGAGCUGAGGAGGAGAUCGGCAGAAGACGAGCUUACCAUGAGAGAAUACCUUCAGGAGGGCGAUCUCAUCAGUGCAGAGGUGCAGUCUGUCUUUUCAGAUGGAGCCCUAUCACUUCAUACCCGUAGUUUAAAGUACGGAAAAUUGGGUCAAGGAGUGUUGGUACAGCUUUCUCCUUCUCUGAUCAAGAGGCAGAAAACACAUUUCCACAACCUGCCGUGUGGUGCGUCCAUCAUCCUCGGGAACAAUGGUUUUGUGUGGUUGUAUCCCACACCAGGAAACCAGGAGGAGGAGGCUGGGGGCUUUUACACCAGUUUGGAGCCUGUUAACCUGUCAGAUCGUGAGGUGAUUUCACGGUUGAGGAACUGCCUACUGGCGUUGUCUGCACACAAGUUCCUUUUAUAUGACACCAGUGUUCUCUAUUGCUAUGAAUCUUCACUCCAACACCAGGUCAAGGACAUCUUGAAACCAGAAGUGAUGGAGGAGAUUGUAAUGUUGACACAACAGAAGCUGUUUGAACAGGAAGGUUAGAGAGCUGGAAAUCUUAACUUGUCACAAGAUCAAGACCACGUCAAGCAUCUACGUCGAGGACUGACCACCUACCUGAAGACUGGCAUUUUUCACAGAAACCUCCUCAACUGUUCUAGUUUAUUUUAUGAAGCAAAACUGAUGAACAUUUGUUGACUGCUAAUGAAGGGAUUCAUUCCUGAGGUUCACAUAGAUAUAGUGGAACACUUGAUAAUAUCUGAGGAUAUACAAAAACUCUUGUAUGAAAUAAAUUUUCUAUAAUUUUCA